UCUCCAAUUUUUCCUGAAAUAGAAGAAAACAUAACAAGAAAUAUUUAAAGCUAAGUUUCCUUAAACAGUACUACUAGACAUAAGUCAUCAAGAAAAUGUAUACUGGCAAGGGUUCAGCUCCAAAAUUAGAAAGGAAGUAUGUGGAGAAGAAUAGAAGGAACCAUUUGAAGACACUCUUUAACCAGCUCUAUUCUCUGCUUCCACCUCAUGCCUUUCAGUUGCAGGAAGCAAUGGCAUUGCCAGAUCAAGUGGAUGCAGCAGUAACGUACAUAAAAAGCUUAGAAAUCAAAUUGGAGAAGAACAAAAUGCAAUUGGAAAAAUUAAGGACGAGUAAAAAGAGGCCCAAUUUAUGCAUGGCAAUUCAUGAUCCUAAUCCAACAACAAAAUUAUCUCCUCAGAUUGAAGUCCAUGAAAUGAGCCCAACAAUGGACGUAAUUUUGAUGACUGGCCUUGAUAAUUUAACUAUGUUUUAUAACAUUAUUCGAUUACUCCAUGAGGAAGGUUUUAAAGUAGUUAAUGCCAAUUUUUCACUCGAAGGGAACUCCACGAUGCAGAUUCUCCAUGAAAAUAAGAUUAUCGAGAAUUCAACAAUGGAAAGUAGAGCUACGACGGUGUGUAGCAGACUGAAGGAAUUGCUUUAUGGAUCUUCUUCUCCAACUGAUGAUGAUAUUAUUGAAACCCUACUGCGUUUAUGGGACUACGAUAUCCAAUCUGAAAUGCUAAAGUUAAUUUGAUGUAACAGAUUUAUUAUAACCACUAGGAACUCUUGAGUUGUAGCAUAGAAUUAUAGCAUGUUUGGAUCGGCUUAUUUUAAGUGCUUUUAAGCUAAAAUAGCUUUAAACACUUUUAUAGUGUUUGGAUGAGAUAAAAAAAAGUGUUUUAAGCA